ACCAUUAACAGCCACCAAAACGCCGCCACGCGGAGAGGAAUCAAAUCGUCAAUCGUCACGUGCUGGUCACGUGGGGGAAAAUGCGUGGACCUCAGCGCGGGAUAUAAAAGCUGAACUGCAGCCGCGGAUAUCCAUCGUGGAGAAGAAGCUAAAACAACUUCGAAGCAACUGGUGAAGAUAUUUUUCCAAUUUGCUUCACUCUUCUUGGAUUGACAAAACAGCCUCCGAUCCUACUUCCUUUACCGUAUAAAGUCACGUAAUUAAAUCUGAAGUAUAGGGGUAUUUCCGCCACGCGGUACAAGGCUGCGACCGCGCGAUUCGUACAUAAAUCUUGGUGUGCUGAGACGGAGGAAGCAGAAAAUACGAGAGGCGGAGAAAAAUGAGAGAGUGCGAACUUUGCGGAGUUCGGGCGCGGGUUCACUGCGAGGCGGACCAGGCGAGGCUGUGCUGGGACUGCGACGGGAAGGUUCACGGAGCUAACUUUCUGGUGGCAAAGCAUCCAAGGAGCCUCCUCUGCCACGGAUGCCAGUCGCUGACGCCGUGGACGGGGUCGGGUUCCAAGCUCACGCCGACGGUCUCUGUCUGCGAGACAUGCGUGGAACGCCGCGGGAGUAAGUUCGAGCGGCGGGCGGAGGUCCAAGAAAGCGAAGCGGAGAAUGACGGCGAUGAUGAUGACGAGGAGGAGGAUGAUGACGAUGAUGAUUGUGACGAGAGUGAUGAAGAUGAGAAUCAGGUGGUUCCGUGGUCGUGUCGUUCGUAUUCGGCCGCGGAGCCUCCGCUGGUGGCUAGAUGUUCGAGCAGUAAAGAAGAGGAAGAGGAAGAGGAAGAGGAAUAUUCGGUGUCGAAGCGAAUGCGUGGGACUUCACCUUUGAAGAAUGACAUAUAUUCAUAAUUUUUAAGAUUAAUGUUAGGGAGAUCAAAAUUUGUAAAUCAAAUGUUGUGGUUGUAGAUGAUUUACUGUUCGAGACAUCAAAAUUUGUAAAUCAAAUAACUUGUAGAUGGGUAAAUUAUUAAUUAAGUUUUAA